AUGAAUUGCAUCACCAUACUCGCCAUACGCGAGCCAAGCACAACGGAGAGCCCCAGGCAAACGGGGCCACAAGCUCGUGUUUCGGUGAAGGACAACGCUCCUUCCACCAAGCGACGCUGGGUCCCACCUUCUACACUGAGACAUCAAGAUGCUCUUACGCCGGAAUCCCGUAAUGACCUGGUGUUCCGUAAGGUUCGUGGUAUUCUCAACAAACUCACACCAGAGAAAUUCCAGAAGCUGAGCGAUGAUUUGUUGCGCAUCGAACUCCAAUCCAACGUCAUCUUAAAGGGUGUUAUCUAUCUCAUAUUCGAGAAGGCCCUCGACGAACCCAAGUACUCGUCUAUGUAUGCGCAGUUGUGCAAGCGACUGGCAGAAGAGGCACCAAACUUCGAAUCCCCCGACAAGCCCACGUCCUUUAGAAUUCUAUUGCUUAACAAGUGCAAGCUCGAAUUCGACAAUCGUGCAGCCGCCCUCGACAACAAUGGCUCCGACGGUCUGGGAAAUGGCGGAGCCAGUUCAGAAGAGGAGGAGGAACGGCGCCAGAUCGCGAAACGUAAGAUGUUGGGCAAUAUCAAGUUCAUUGGCGAAUUGGGAAAAUUGGAAAUAUUAUCGGAAAGCAUCCUACACAGGUGCAUCAGGGAGUUGUUGGUCAAAAGGGGCGACGAUCCUUCGGAGGACCUCGAAUGCCUCUGUCAGAUUUUCCGGACCUGCGGCCGCAUCCUCGACACCGCCAAGGGUAAAUACCUCAUGAACCAAUAUUUCGAACGAAUGAAAACGCUGGCGGAUAAUCAGGAGUUACAACCGAGAAUCAGGUUCAUGUUGAAGGACGUGAUAGAUCUACGCGAGAACGGAUGGGUGCCGCGAAAGGCAGUUGUCGUCGAAGGUCCGAUGCCCAUCAAUCAGAUCAAACCGUCGGAGGACAAUCGUCCUGGAUACAGGCGAGAUCGUAAUCAAGACAGGGAUUCGGAAAGGCCGAUCGCCUCGGACUUGUUCCGACAUCCCAUGAAGACCAGAAGCGGUCUCGAUGAUAUGCUAUUGGGUAUAAAUCUGCCCCCUUCGGCGCCGUCGCUGAUAUCGACCGCGCCGCCUCAUUUCGGCUCUCACAACGGUUUCGGUGGUCAAAGAGAGGGCGGUUACAGAGGCCACAACAACCAACGCGGCGGCUCUUACAACUACAACAAUCAAAGGGGACAGUACAAGCACAACCAGAACAAUUCUAAUUCACAAUACAACCAAUCCAACAAAGACGUGGCGCCCCGUUUCAAAAAGAGCAAUUUGAUCGUGGCCAAAGACGAAAUGGCCGACGUCGAACUGCGACCGAAUUCGAUGCUCAUCACCAAGGCGUCGUCGUUGAAAACGAACAACAUCAUGAACAACAACAACAACAAAACGUUGGAGCCGGCUUUCGCCCAGCCGACGAUCAACAAGCCGCCGACGACGCUGCUCAAGGAGCCGUUGCCCAUCAAGCAAAUGCCCGCCGAGAAACCGAAGCAAUCCAAGAAAGAUAAAGGUCCGAAUAAGGAAGAGGUACUGAAAAAAUUCAACACGUUGAUAGACGAAUAUUGGAAAGGGGAAGUCGAUCUGAAGCAAGCUAUAAAUUCCUACAAGGAGCACAAAGUACCCGAUAAAUUCGCCAAAGAAAUGGUUUUGAGCGGUUUAUCCAACGCUUUGGAAAAAUCAGACGUGGAACAGGAGAAAUUCAUCAGAUUCCUGAGCAAUCUCAAAGAGGACAACCUAAUGGGCGGCAACGUCGUCCAGGAGGCGUUCAAAUCGCUCUGCCACGUGUUGGAGGAACGGGAAAACGAACUGGCCAAGGUCACCAAUUCGGCGUCGGUGUUGUUCGCGACGGCGAUAUGCGAACACCUGGUGCCCCUAUCGGACGUCGCCGGUCUCACGGAGAACGGUUCGCAUCAUCCGCUCUUCUUGCUGGUGUUGCAGAACAUCCACAAGAAGAAGGGCAAGUCCGAAUUGUCCGAGAUGUUCAACAAGAGCAAGGUAAAUUUGAUGACUCAACUUCCCGAAUGCGAUAAAACCAAGGAACGGCUCUCGGAGAUCCUGGAGGAACGCGACCUGGCGUUCUUGUAUCCUCUGCUGCGCAUCCAGGCGGACCUGGCCCGUCAACUCCAGGCCGAUCCCAAUCCGCAGGCGUUCUACAAGUGGAUCAAAGAGAAUUUGGAACAGUCGAAUUUCAACGACGCCGGCUUCAUCAACGCCCUCAUGACCGUUCUGUUAAAAUACAUCACGCAGGAGUCAUCGGCGUGCGGCGACGAGAAGGCCGUCAUCGAGAAGGAAUCGAGCCUGUUGCAGCGCUACCAGCCCAUCCUGCACGCGUUCCUGCGGGAGAAGUCGAGCUUGCAAUUGGUGGCGCUCUAUUCGCUGCAGAUGCACUUCUAUUCGCUGGGAUUCCCCAGGGGACAGUUGUUGCGGUGGUUCAACGCCCUCUACGAUAUGUCGAUCGUCGACGAGGAGGCGUUCCUCAAUUGGAAGGAGGACGUUACCGAUGCAUAUCCCGGAAAGGGUAACGCUUUAUUCCAGGUGAAUCAAUGGCUAACGUGGCUACAAGAAGCAGAAUCCGAGGAGGAGGAGGGCGACGAGUAAAGUAGGAAUUAUUAACGUGUUUUUUCACAUAAGUAGAAGAUUAAAAAUAAUUUAAGAUGCAAAAUGGUAAAAACAAACGUUGGGAGUGGAUUUCUCCUUUCCUUUUUUUUAAUAACGGUUAAUUAUUGUAAUUAAUGUAAUGUUAGGUUGUCCUCUCGAUGAGAAAUUUUCCGUCUUAGAUUUUUUUUUUAAUUCAUACGUGGAUUUGAGGAUGAGUUGAACGCGGUUUUAUUCACUCUCGAAUUAAUUGAAGCCGGAACGGACUGGAAAAGUAAUCGGGGCUGUGAAAUUUGUACGAUGUUCCUCAAUUACAUGGUAGAGUUUUCGUAAAAAAAGGUUCGUUUUAAGCACUCAAUAAUAAGACUAACAUUUAUCCUCUUUAGCUUAAAACAAAUCUCCGCUCGAGUUUAAUUUAGUCAAACAGUUUUCUAGAAUCAUUUAACGUUUCUAUUUGCACCUUAACAUAGUUCCGAUAUUGGGAAUUUGUGGAGAAAACUCUACUAUCGACUGCCGAAGCGAAGGUCCGGUCCCGUUUGUAUUCUUGUUAUUUUAGCCAAACAAAGGACGCAGAAAAUUUUUUGCGAGAAUCUAGGUUGAAUUUGUUUCUUUAGUUUAUAAUUUUUGCGUGUUCGGCGAACGAUUUAUCGGAAAAAAUCUUUCUCCAAUCUUAAUGGACUUUUAGUGGAAUUUGUACGGUGAGGAGGUUAGUUUAGAUGCAAUUCUUUUCUUAUUCUUAUGAAUGUUUUAUUUUUUCUGAUUGAUUAGUAGAGAUCUAAGAGGCGGUGUCUGAUGCAAUUUCGUCGCAAUUUUUUUAAGUAAUCGUAAGUAAUGAUAAGACUUAAGCGUUUGUGAUCACCACGUUCAGAUUGCCUUAGAAUCUUGCGAUUUGUGACGAAAGGGCAUUACAAACUACAAGCGCGGAUUGCGGAUGGUUAAAUUUAUUUCUAUCUUUCGCAAUCCGCAAAUUGUAAUCGCCCAGAUGACUGCUGGAAAAAAUGAGCUUUUUCAUUACGUAAAACUUUUAUGUGUUCUAUAUUUUGUGUAAUUCGUACCCGAGUAAUGUAUUUUCUCAAGUAUUUUUUUUUGAUUAUAUGAAAUAAUUAAUUUUCUCUGUAUCUUAGAUUAAUGUCACUAAACAAACUGAAACAAUUUUAUUGUGAAAAAUUUAUGUUUAUUAAAUUAUUCGAUGGUAUUUUGCUGUCGAUGUCAAUUUUACUUGUUUUUAUUGGAGUUGAAAGUUGUAUCAAGGUUCGGCUGAACUUUAAAGAACAUCAAACCGAGAAUGUUGGAACAUUACAUACAUAAUUUUUGUUCCAAGGCAAAUGGUAUGCUUUUAUUAACAAAGUUUGAUUUAAUUUUUCUUGACCUUAAUCAAGCUAGUUCGUUAAGAGUUGUAUUUUGAUUCUUAUAAAUAGCAUAUUGAAAUACAGCGGUGCACUGAUUAUAGUUUAUUGUGUACUAUAAAAAUCUCAAUUAGAAAUAUUAAGUAUGCUCAUUAUAAACAAAGCCGUACAUUAAAAUCUUAUUUAUAACAAGGGCAUUUCAUUAUUCAAUGAGUCAUUAAUCUUAUUAAAAUUAUACCAUACUAUAUCUAUUUAAUGAAACCAAAGAAAACCUUCAAUUUUUUAAAACCAAAUGUAGGAGUUAUGCUUACUUUAACCCGCUUUAUCUUCAGUAUACAUAACUCAUGAUUAUUUUCAUUUUUAUCACAUCGGGUUCAAAACUCGUAACCUACUCGAAAAAUUCAACAACUUCUUGUAACUCUCUUCCCCGGGCCUGCUCGUGUGCCCACCUCUCCUCGGCCAGUUUGUCUGUUAAGGACCACUUAAAAUGGUAUAUCUUCUUGUCGCAAAUGGAACAUUUCUUGUUCCCGAAGGGCGGCAGCUUCAUGUAAUUGAAGAAACAGUCUUGGUGGAAGAGGUGCCCGCAGUAAACCCUUUCGAUGUGCUUUGGGGAGUUCUCAUCCUUCUCGAGUAGGUCUGGGUUAGAGGGGAAGCAAAUCUUUUUGCAAAACUGGCAAUUUUCAUUGGGCAAUCGUUUAACGCAAUCGAUGAGAAACGAUACUGUCUUUUGUAACGAAGGGCGCGGUUUAAAUGGAGGCUCGUUCGGUCUUUUCUUCAAUGGGGGCUCAACGCAUCUCCUGGCUAUUUCUUGAGCCUGCGAAAUCAUGUGCCUUUGCAAGGCAGGCGAGAAAUUCGUACGAGUAUCUUCGAUUUUAAUGGCGCUAGUUGGGUAAUCGUCUGGAACGAUAAUUUUACAAUUUAAAUAAUAUUUCACGUUGUUUACUUUCAAAAUGAUGCUAGAAGUUUUCUGUUUCAACCUGAACUCAUCUUCGGAGCUGAUUAAAUUCCUUAACUCGCUUAUUUCUUCAUAGCAACAAGACAAUGGAUUUUCGUCUAGGAAAUUACGCAGGAAUUUUAUCGUAUUCAGCACUUGAGGUUUACCUAAAUAUUUCUUGAUUUCUUGCUCGCAUACGUUCGUCAGUUUCAACAGCAACUUCUCAGAUAACGUUUUGCUUUUUAGCUCGAUUAAUAGGGGCGUGUUGGGGUAAUCGCCUCUGAACUGUAUGCACACUACGAGUUUUUUAAAAUCAGUCCUUUUUAUUUCGGUGCGGACCAUUGUCGGCACGCAUGAUACGAGUCUUGUUCCCGGCACGACAUGUUCACAAAGUUUUCUGACUUCUGAGAGCUCAUCGUCGAUUAAUCCCAUGAAGUGCGAUAACUCGAUUCAAAUAUUUCGAAUCCGACGAAUCGUUCCAGUCCUUUUUUUAAUUUAUAUUUGUUGUUUAUUUUGCCUUCUCCUAUGUCUCUAUUAAAAAAG